AUGGAUUCUAAUAUAUGUGAAAACUUUGAUCUUUUGAGGAAACAUUUACCUGAUAAUUUGAAAGAAAAAUCGCCAGCCUUUUUUGAAGAUUUGCAUAGCCUCAAUAAUUACUGUCCUAAUAAAAACUGCAAUACUGAUCUCGAUAAAAUUAAGGCUGGAUUUUUAUGGUUAUUUGACCAAAAUUGUUCUAAAUCCGAAAAUACAUAUUCUAAUGAAAAUAAUAUUAAUGCAAUUUUUCUACAUAUUAUUUCAUGGUUAAGUUACAAAUUAAAUCAAAUCAAAGGACACUAUUUCACCACAAUAAACGAUUUUUAUACUACAUAUUUAAAUAAUAAUCAAGAGUAUAAUAAUCUUAUAAAUGAUUCCCCCAAAUGUCCAAAUCUUAAGGGAAUCAUAGAUAAAAAAAGUGAUUUUUUGAAUAUUAAUAUUGAAUAUAUGUCUAAUUUUUAUGACGCAUUUAAGUUAUUAUGUAGUAUGCAUAAUGAUAAGGUAAUGAAUAAACACGGCGACACGGUGUUAAAUAAUGCUAUUAUGUUUUUUAACGAAUAUACAGAGAUCAACGAUUAUUAUAAUAUUGAAAAUACCCCAUAUAGUCAAAUAUUGUCUGUUUUAUCAACUGAUUAUAAUAUUUUAAAAAGUGAACUUGCUAGCAGGAUUGAUAGUUCUAAACAAUUCCCAAUUCUUCCAACAGGAAAAGCAACAAAAUCAUUUUUACGAAAUUCAUCAAUAAAAAUUUCAGUAAUCCCAAUGGUAUUUAUUUUCUUUGCAUUACUUAUCUAUUUGGGAAUUUUGUAUAAGCGUUCAUCAUUUGACUUUCGGGAAAGGCUUCAAAGACUCAAUUUAAGAAUCAAAAAAAUAAAAAGGAAAAUAAAUCAUUAA